AUGUUGGCCAUCGUCUGGUCUCAUAUCCCCAUUGCUGUUCUUGCAUUUCCCGAGGCCACGAAAAGAAGACAUCACGGUUAUCUUUCACAGCCUGACCCAACCCCUGCAAUCGAGUUUUCCCACUUACAGCACCUCGAGUUGGGCAAGCGACAACAGACCUCUGCACCUGACGACGAUCUUACCUUCUCACUGGUUAUCAGUCCUGAUUCAACAUGCGGAUACGUCUCGGGCUCGGCUGGGAGUGGUGUCAGCAAUGAACUCAAUCUUCUUUGUACCAAGACCAAUGAGCUGUAUUGUGGAACAUAUUCCUAUCAAUCUGGUAUCGUGGACUAUCGUUGCAUGCAAUCGUCCAUCAAGGCCCAGAACGUAAGCUUCUCUUAUGAUGGACAAAAAAGUCGCGCUUUCACGAUAACAUAUAUGGCGAAUAUUUUCUCCAUGGCCGAUGAUACUACGACUCCGACAACCACCCCAUCUAAAUCGACUACAUAUGUGCCUGAACCUACAAGCAAAACUAGCGCCAAGCCCAACGCGGGAGCAAUUGCCGGCGGCACAAUUGGCGGACUUCCUUUGAUUGUAGUUGUAGUAACAGGGAUUGUUUGUCUUCGACGAAAAAAGAAGCGUGGAGUCUCUCCUGAUGAACACGAACCACGGCAGUCAACACUUUCACCUCCAGUGACGCCAAACGAGGAACGAGAUAACUACCACUUGACGGCUACCGACUCUUGCUGCACAAGAAUCAUCACCUAG